AGUUUUGUUCUCGCGUCCAGAAUUGGACGUGACCAAUCAGAAUAAGUUAUUGAGAACUGUCAUCAAUAGUCACACAAUUGUCACAUGAUCAAAAUGGCCGCUUUUUGUCUAGCUUGUGGUGAUGAUGUGAUUAAGGGAUCUAGAGCAGUUGCUAGCCAGGUAUCAGUGAUUUUGAAGCGUUAUCUAACUAGAAGGUGCCAGGAACUCAACAUGGAUAUUGAUCUUAACUCGCUUAUAGACCAAUCUCACGUCUGUAGAGCCUGUUGUAAGGUCUACACAACUCACCAGCAGAAGGACGAGCAUCUUUAUGACAAAACCUUGGUUUCUUUUAGUAGUAUAGUUAGCCAGCAACAAUCAACACCAUCCAGACCUGAAUCACGUAAGAGAUUGUCCUCCAACAGCACCAAUAAUGAUGAAUCAUCGUUUGAAUUAGAAGAUACUUGUAAAAGAGCAUGUAUAAACACAGAGAAAGACACAGAAUCACCUCCUGUUGUUGUUGGUAUUGGCUACAGAAGUGGUUGCAAAGCAUAUGUUCAGAAUACCCCUCGAAGGAAGCGAUUGGUCAGUAAAAUAUCUCGUACUAAAGAUUCUGCUAAAAGUAUGGCCUGUACAGCAUUAAAGGACCCUGAGGUGUUAAAGUACUUAGCUAUUGGAAUGGGGCGAUUGAUCAAAAAUGAAAUCAAGACCCUUUGUAGUGAGCGUGUCAAUUCCAUUCAGCGUUCAUCAGAGCAGAACGAUAUUAUAUAUUUUCCAUGGGCAAAAAUCUUAAAGGAAACAAGAGAGCACUGUCCACUUCUUAUGUCCUUCAUUUAUGCGUGCACUGAAACUAAAAGACUGAGGUCCAAUCGUUUGCAUUUUAUGUCAGCCAUUGUAUGUAUGCUUUCAAAGUAUUUGUAUGGUCGUAUGUCACUUUUCCAGAAGUUAAUAUCGUCUAUAUUGUAUGCUGGCCAUUCUGGAACAGUAGUCUAUACAAGACUUCAGAAAGUGUGUCUAUGUAUGAGCAAGAGUGCAAUGUACUCUCUCAUAGAAACUCUUGGAAAUGAUUAUGACUCUGAGGUAAUGAAGUGGAAGUCAAAUCUUAUAGACUCAUGUACACAACAACACAGUUACAUGGAUUCAUUGGAUACCACUGGCAUAAGGAUUGACGAGCAUUAUCCAGAGUCCAACACAGAUGAUGAAGUCAUUAUUGAUGACAGUAUACAUAUUAUUGCCAGCACCGUAGAAGAAAGUCAGCUGUCAUGUAGUCUUUUUGGAAGUGAGCAACCAGAUCUUGAACAGACAGACUCUGUUUCAAAUGCUUCAACUCCUGAAGCACCGUCAUUUUCUGAUUUAACACUAAAUUCUGAUCAAUUCACUGCUUGUAUUGAAUCCAUUGAAGAUGUAGAUGUUGAUAUGUCACCAUGGAAAGGCUUCAAAAUAGUGGGGGAUAACAUUGACAUCAGUGUUGUUCCCCGACACAAGCGGAUUGACAAUAAAACUAGCUCUCUCCAUUACUUUCACUGCUUUGCUGCUCUGGAUCGAGUUGAUUUCUCUGGAGCAACUGAGGUUCCCAAUCAAUAUAUGUGUAAAGGGGUCACAGAGCUACCAGUCUCUGACUUAUUACCAUCUUUGACAGAUGACACAGCUCUUUUAUCUAACAUGUCUGUUCUUGUGGCUCGUACAAUUGUUUCAGAGUUGCCAUUUUUUGCAACAGCAUUUAAGGAUGUUACAACAGCACACAUUCCUCAUUUGUACUCUGAAGAGAUGUCUAUAAAAUCAAAGACGGUCCCUCUAGGAGUCAUUUUGAAGAACGAGAAUAUAACAGAAGACAUGAUAGACAUAAUUUCUCAUCUGCACAAAUAUGUACCCACUGUUCAUCAUAAUUCCUAUGAUGAAAUAUCACAAUCUGAAGUUUGUGACGAUUUAAUUCACGCCAUUCUCCUUGGAGGAGAUCAAUUAACUAGAAAGAGAGCAGAAAGUGCCAAAGAGGGAAGGAAAAAUAGCACGACACCACAUACAAAACUAAAAGGUUUAGUUCCGGUAGUAGAGGAUUGGCAUGCGAAGAAGAUAUUUUUGGAGAUGAUGUGGAAGUGGUUUUACGAUACAAAAAGUUUUAUGGAAAGAGGGACACUGUGUCAUAUAAGAAAUGUCAUCGACAGAAGAAAUAUAUCAGCUGAAGCAGCAGAAGAUUUUAAUGCAUGUCAUGACUUUUUUAUAACAGUUGUUACAUGCCACAUUGUAGCUGUAUCUAUGCAGUACCUUGGAAUGAAGGAAAUUGAUGAUAUUCCACAUCAUUCCAUGCUAAGACAAGAUAUUUGGACAGAAACUGAAGAUAACAGAAAAGAAAUUUUGCAUCAAGUAACAAGAGACAUAGCAAUGAAUCACAUUGACAUUCUGGCUCAUCAUAAUUUGGAUUUGGAAAUUGAUGGAGAUGAUGUUAAGAAGUAUGCGAUUCAAUUGCUGUCUCAAGGUCUUCUUUACAUGGAAUUCUGUGAUGCUAUCAAGGAGGGAGAUGGGGAAAGGAUUCUUCGUGUGUGGAGAUACCUAAUGCUCAUUUAUAAGGCCCGAAAAAGGAAAAAUUAUGCCAUAGAAGGUUUAAAUUUGCUGGCACAACAUCAUUUUUUUCUGCCUCAACGACAGGCACAACAAUUAUUAUGGUCACGUUGCAUUAACAUCCAUGGACUGCCAGGACGAAAUAUACCAUGUGACCUUUAUAUGGAACAUUUGAAUCGUAUCUGUAAGCAAGCUGUACAGGCACUUGGUAGUAACAAGACACCAGCAGCAUUGGAAAGAGUUGGAAAAUGCGUUGGAGUGCUUGAUGCAUUGUUAAGUGAAUAUGAUAAAGAGUUAAAAAUAAGCGAAAUUUCAGGUAAACAUGCAAUUGCAAGUUCUGAGAAGGAUAAAAGGAUAAUAAUUAGAGAAUUGGUUGAAGCUGGUGUAUUCUGUUAUGAAAUUGGAAGGGCACAUAAUUGCUUCAGAAACUUAUCAAUUAACAUUGUUUCUAAGCAUAAGCAUAGUAAUAGCACAACAAAGUGGAUGAUUGAGCAUUUGCGCUACAUAAGAAGUACUUUGAUUUAUUGAUUACAUAAUGUAUUACAUAAUUACUGAUGUUAAACAAUGAUUGUGCAAUUGAAGAAUAUGAAUGAUUAUGAUGAAAUAGUUAA